GUGCAAAAGCCCCCCUGGUCUUGCCUGCUGGUGAGGAAAGAAAUGGGGAAGAUUCACGUGACCAGUCCUCCCCUGGGCUGGGAGCCUCAGCAGCAGAAUGGGGCGGAGUAGAAGGACCAGGGGAACUGGGGAGAAAGGAGAAGAAUGGAGCCAAUGGAACCUCAAGAAGUCACCCAGUCGUCUCUUCUGAGAGAUGAUGAAAUUAAAGAAAGCGAUGACGCAGCUGCAUGGAUAGUCUCACAGGAGAUGAAGGAGAGAGAGGAGAACGCAGGUAUACAGGACUGCCCUUUGUUGGGGGCCAUGGCUGCAGAAGGAGAAGGUGAAAAUGAAGAAGAAGGAGAAGAAGGAGAAGAAGGAGAAGAAGGAGAAGAAGGAGAAGAAGGAGAAGAAGGAGAAGAAGGAGAAGAAGGAGAAGAAGAAGAAGAAGAAGAAGAAGAAGAAGAAGAAGAAGAAGAAGAAGAAGAAGAAGAAGAAGAAGAAGAAGAAGAAGGAGAAGAAGGAGAAGAAGGAGAAGAAGGAGACGAAGGAGGAGAAGGAGGAGAAGGAGGAGAAGAAGGAGAAGAAGAAGGAGAAGAAGAAGAAGGAGGAGAAGGAGAAGGAGAAGAAGAAGAAGAAGAAGAAGAAGAAGAAGAAGAAGAAGAAGAAGAAGAAGAAGAAGAAGAAGAAGAAGAAGAAGCAGCAGCAGCCGCCGCCGCCAGAGAUGAAACUACUGCUGGCAGUUCAGCCCCAGUAGAUGACAGAAGCCAUGAUGCCGGGGCCAGCAGCAAUGGCGAGGAUAGGGGUCAAGGAGAGGAGCUGAUCCCUGGGGGCACAAAGGGCCUUGAGGCUCUCCCAAGUCCAUCAGGCCAGCUACCCCGCAACCGCUACAGGUUUACCAAGUUCCAGCUCCAGGAACUGGAGCGCAUUUUCGAACGCAAUCACUAUCCCAGUGCUGCGGCCCGAAGGGAGCUCGCGAGAUGGAUAGGUGUGACUGAAUCCAGAGUGGAGAACUGGUUUAAGAGUAGGAGAGCCAAAUACAGGAAAUGCCUGAUGUAAGUGCUCUGGAGUGCUCUCAUGGUGCUCCCUGCAGGGGCACCUUUCCCUAGAGAUUGUGGAGGAGCGCUGGAGAACCAACUGUGCCCAGAAGACAGAAGCAGAUGAGAUUUUGCUGCCACCAACGCAUUAUUUUACCACCCCCCUCUCUCAUUUGCAAUAAAGUGAAAUC